AUGGGGAUACGCCAUCCCCCUUGGAAAAAUAAUGCUCCACCAUCACAUCAACACCGGUCCCGGUGUUAUUCUCCCAUCAAGCAGGAGAAUAAAAUCCAAACAAUUCCUGUAAAGGAAGCAGCCGGCCCCGGUUCUACAAGUGGCCGAAAGAAGAAAUCUACUGCCAAGGCACCGGCUCCGGUAAAAGACAAGUCCAGAAGCAAGAAGGGUAAGGAACCGAUAACAUUCACGGAACCGCCCUCGCAAACAAGAGAUGAGGAAGAAUCGGCUUCCACGUCUGACCGAACCGGCUCACAGAAAACCGAUGAAAAUACCUCCGAUAGAGAAGGACGGAGUGAAGAAGAAGAUUCGGGUACAAGCCCUAACAACACCGGUGCGACCGCAAGCCUCGAUGCCGAUGCAGACGUCCGUGAGGAGGAGGAGGCUACCCCUGACAAUGACCAAAAGAUAGCCGCGACCAUUGUCCGAAAUAUCUUGGAGGAAAUCGAACAGCGAGUUCAAGCGGUUGCCGCAUUGUACGUUGCGGGAACACCUAAGGCAAACUUACAGCUCUGGGUAUUGGAUAAGCUCGAGAUAAAGAAAGGAGAACUCACUGAAGAAAUUGAGCAGAUUGACGCGGUGCACAGACAACGAGAAAAACCGCAUUCUCCAGCUCGUGAGACCGAUGACGGUCAGAAUCAAGUUGCAACACCUCCUCUGGCGGAUCCGGUAAUAAACGAAACCGAGCAACUUGAAACUGAUCAACAUGGGGUUUCCGAACCGGGCGUCACAGAAGAAAGGGUUAAGUCCCUUAUUCAAGAGUUUGCCGACUCAACGGUUCAACCACUACAGGAGAAAAUCAAGAAAGCCGUGCGCCAAACACUCUUGUUCGCCGAAAAGACGAGGGAUGAUCUCAUAAAGGCAGAGGACCGGAUCACCGCCAUCGAAGACGAAUACCGGGCCGACGUGGUUCUGCACAACGAGCAUUAUCAACAAACCGAGGACUUGGAAGAAAAGACCUCAAGGAUAGUAGAUGACAUGGAUCGGUUUGAAAGGGAAACCAAGCAACGAUUCACAGAGGUCGAUGAGAACCUAGGGCGGUCAAGCAAUAAAGUCGACUCGACACUUGACAGGGUCACAGAUCUAGAAAAGAAGAAUGCGAGCCUUGAAGACCGCAACGACAAGCUUGAAGCCGAUCUUAAAGCGCUAACCGAACAGGUGGCUGAGCUGUUAAAUGCCAAGAUUAAUGCUGAUACAGUGAUUGAAGAAGCAAACGCCCGAGCGGCUAAGGAAGACCAAGAUGCGCUUGACGAAGAAACGCGGAUAGCAAAGGAGACACCGCGUCUGAUCGAAGAAGAAAUAGCCGAGCGCGAACGAAACCUAGCAGCUCAAAAUCCAGCACUUGCGAAGUCCAUGGCAGUUCAAGCAGCGGAGGAUGCAGAGCGGUUAAACGCACAAAAACAAGGGCUAUAA